UGGCAAAGGAAAGACAGAGUUGGCUUGGGGGACAAUUAAACUCCCAAAAAGAAACAUACAAAUCGAAAGAGUUGAGUUUGAGCAGCGACCGGCACGAAAGACAGACUACACACACAGAUCAAAGGAGAAAGAGUAAGAGAAAAGCUCAAAGAUGGCAAGGUACGACAGGGCUAUAACGGUAUUUUCACCGGACGGCCAUCUCUUCCAAGUCGAAUACGCGUUAGAAGCCGUGCGGAAGGGUAACGCCGCCGUCGGCGUCCGCGGCACGGACACCAUCGUCCUCGGCGUCGAGAAGAAGUCCGCCACCAAGCUUCAAGACUCCAGAACGGUAAGGAAGAUUGUGAACCUGGACGAUCACAUUGCAUUAGCUUGUGCUGGGCUCAAAGCAGAUGCUCGCGUCUUGAUAAACAAGGCCAGGAUUGAAUGUCAAAGCCAUAGGCUGACAGUUGAGGAUCCAGUAACUGUCGAGUAUAUAACACGCUAUAUUGCUGGCCUUCAGCAAAAGUACACACAAAGUGGUGGUGUUAGACCAUUUGGCCUUUCAACUUUGAUUAUUGGCUUUGAUCCAUACACAAAUGCACCUGCACUAUAUCAGACAGAUCCUUCUGGAACAUUUUCAGCAUGGAAAGCUAAUGCAACUGGGAGAAACUCUAAUUCAAUAAGGGAGUUUCUGGAGAAGAACUACAAAGAGACUUCUGGACAAGAAACCAUAAAGCUUGCAAUUCGUGCUUUACUUGAGGUUGUAGAGAGUGGGGGCAAGAACAUAGAAGUUGCUGCAAUGACAAAGGAGCAUGGCCUGCGACAGCUUGAAGAAGCUGAAAUCGAUGCUAUUGUUGCUGAGAUUGAAGCAGAGAAAGCUGCUGCUGAAGCUGCGAAGAAGGCCCCUCCAAAGGAGACAUAAUCCUGUUUCCUACUAUCGUUUGCUAGUUUAUUUUUCUUGUACUUGUUACCUUCUUCUUGCGUUCUUUCAGAGUCUUAAUUUGCACAAUCUGUGGCUUAAAAUGAUAAUUACCUUCGGCAUUUUGUGUGCUAUUUGGGAAUACUAUAGUUAUGAGCUUUGACACUCAGUAGUCAUUAUUCAGCUUGUGUCUGCAUAUGGGUAUGAAAUGAUUUUAUUUGGAAA